AUGGCACUGCCCCGGGCAGACCGGGAGAUGCUGCAUGUGCUGUGGAAGAAGCUGGGUGACAUCGGUGUCUAUGCGGCCGAAGCCUUGGAAAGGACCUUCCUAUCCUUCCCAUCCACCAAGACCUACUUCCGGCAUUUUGACCUGAGUCGAGGCUCCUUCCAGAUUAGCCAUGGCCGGAAGGUGGGGGAUGCCCUCACCCUAGCGGUUCAUAACCUGGACAACCUGCCUAACACACUAUCUGCCCUGAGCGACCUGCACACGCGCAAGUUGAGCGUGGACCCUGCCUGUUUCCAGCUCCUGGGCCACUGCCUGCUGGUGACCCUCCCCCGGCACUACCCUGGAGACCAGCCCUGCCCCUGCAGGCCUUGCUAGACAAGUUAACCUCCUG